UCAAGAUGUACAAAAUAAUCUACAGAAGUUUGAGCGAGAAUGGUAUUUCCUGUAUGGCCUCUUCGGCAAGUUUCAAACAGUGUAAAAUUAGGAAGGAAGUCGUAUUUUCACCGUACGAAUCAACUCGGUUUAUUGGGCACAAAACUACUGGAGAAAAUCAUCAUUCAAAGAUAUAUGCCUUAAGGAAAACAUGGUUUUCAAAAUAUAUGGAUUACAUCAGAGACUUGCAGAAGAGAUUGGAAAAAAGUUUUCCAAAAACGAUGCAUGUGUACAGAGUAUUUAGUAUUGGAACUAAGGAUUUUUAUAAUGAUCUCAAACAGUACUUUGCGGUAAAGAAAAAAAAAAGCAUUGUCGGCAUAGAUAAACUGAGUACGCAGGAACUUCAGUUGUUGUACCAAAUGCCAAAGGACAUUAUGAAGCUCACUCCGUUUCUGUUGACUGCUGCUUUGCCUUUUGCAAAUUAUGUAGUUUUUCCAAUAGGAUAUUAUUUUCCAAGAAUAUUCUUGACUUCACAGUAUUGGGACCUUCAACAAAGGCUUGAUUUUGCUCUCAUAGAUCAUAAGAAUCGUUUAAAACACAACAAACCUCUUCUGAGGUGUGUUCAAGCUAGUCUUAGCAAAAUCGAAGAUCAAUGUUUAAAGAAUAAAUGGAAUGAGGUGAUAGCUACUCUGGGAGGUGGUAGACAUCCUGCCCCUGAGGAAAUUGUUGAUUGCAAAGAACUCUUCCAAGGACCACCUUAUUCGUUGAAAGCUCUGGGAAGAAGACAUGUGAAGGAGUUAUUGGCAAUCCAUAAAAUGGCUAAAUGGCUACCGUACAAAAGGCAAAGGCUAUUAGAAAGAGGAUUACUGAUAAAAAGAAUGGAUAAUGCAAUCGAAAUGGGUGGAGGAGUAAACAAAAUUCCAACUGACACAUUAAGAUGGGCAUUAUUCUUCAGAGGACUGAAUGCAGUCAAUAUGUCAACAGAAGAUAUGAGGCAGUGGCUCAAUAAAUGGCUCACAGUCUCUUCAAAAGUUGAGAAGCAGAACAUAUCCCUGCUCCUGCACUGCCCAAUUUUGUUAGCCUACAAUCAUGAAACGAACUGGACUCUCUUAUAUUAUUAGCUAUACCAAUCAUACUACUCAAACUGUAGGCGAACAAGUACAAUUUUUAACAGUGCAAAUUAAAGGUUCACAAAGGAUCUAAUCAUGCUAUUGGAAGCACCAUCGAGUCUCAAUAUUUAAGUAUACUUAUAAUAUUUCACAUUUAUGAAACAAGUAAUUUAACUGGCUAACUGUGCGGAGCUGAUUGAAUUUGCUCUCAAUCAAAAUCGGAAGUCAUUAGAAUAAUAAGUGAGGCAUAAAUAGGUUCCAUUCGAGAUAAAAUUACAAAUAAUACACGGAGUACAGGGGUUAGCACUGCCAACGAGUGUGGCAAUCGAAUCUGGUCAAAGACAGGGAUUAACGAACUUCAGUUACACAUUUACUAAUUAAAAUUUAUUUUAAGCUCCUAUAGGAUUUCAUUACUUCAGUUGCUUGUUGCAAUCACGAGAAAUUUAUUCUCUUGCUUGAAAAAUAAAUUAUUAAAUUUGUGGAGUGCCGCGAUGCUUCGGAUGUGAAAUAUCAAAAAGAUUACCAACCUAUUCUAAGCAACCAAAUAAUAAUUGAAAUGUAAAUACAUUAUAUAUUUAUGAGAUAUAUGAAUGAAUACAAGAUUAUAUUUAUUGCCAAA